AUGGAAGCGGAUUUAAAGGAGCUUUUGGGCACUUCAUCAUCUGUUGGACGAAAUGCCUCUACGGGGACAUUGCGUAACGAAGAUUUUCGCCAACUUUUGACAAAGAAGGUAGCUCAGACAUCUGCAAGCGCAAACGGAGGACCACAGACACAGCCCACGCAUUCAUUCAGUCAUCGACAAGCCGUUGAUUCCAAAAGAAGCCACGGUAGUGGCGCCAAGACCAAGAAACAAAGGGAGCGAAAUAGUGUAGAUGAUGAAGACGACAUAUUUGGGCCAUCAAAUUUGAAUGAAAUUUUAAAAAAUUAUCGUGAUCGAGCAGAAGAAAGACGAAAGGGAAUUGGAAAAGAUGACAAUAUUGACGAUCUACAUGCAAAUAAUGCUUACCGAGCAGUACCUAGUGAUGUACGCGCAACAGCUGAUGCUGCACAACGUAGGAAACAGGCAAUACAGGAAAGUAAAUAUCUUGGUGGUGAUAUGGAGCAUACUCAUUUAGUGAAAGGUUUGGACUAUUCAUUGCUGCACAAAGUUCGUUCUGAAAUAGCUAUGAGGGAACAGAAAAAUGACGAAGCGUUGGAAUCACAAUAUAAUAAAGACAGCCAGAAAGGUGAACCACAAUCAGACAAUCGGAUGGUUCGAAACAUUCAUCGAGCGGUGUUUCAGAAUGAACUUCCUGCAUGUAAUGAAUUGUUUAGGAAAGGUCGCAUGGCUUAUGUGGUAGAUUUGGAGGAGGAAGAUAAUGAUUUACCUACUACACUGCUUCGUUCCGUUCACGAUUGUCCAGCAACGGAAAGUACCCAUGAUAUCAACACCAGUAAUAUGCUUAUUCAGAAACUUACACAAGUUCUAUCAUAUUUGCGCACCGAUACGCAGAAGAAAAAGAAGAAAGUCGAAGGUACAAACGACGAGCACGCUAAGAUGGCGUCACAACCAAUAUUUGACGAUCAACCUGAUUUUACUACUUCCCGGAAUCAUCGUGAUCGAGAACGACGAGAUCGGGAUCGAAAACGACUGAAACCUUCUUCAUACUUCGACGAUCGUGAACCGGAUCGUGACAGAGAUAGGAAUCGUGAUCGCGACAGAAAUCGUGAUUACGAAAGAGGAAGAGACCGGGAUCGAGAUCGGGACCGUCGUGGGCGAGACGACGAAAGACGCGGCGAACGUCGGGAAGUAGUAAAAUUGGUCGAGAAUGAGGUACCAUCAGAAAAGAAGAAAAAGGUGCCUAUGGAAACAGAAGGUUAUGCGGAAUGCUAUCCGGGUGGUAUGUAUGAAGCUGCCGGAGAGAGCGAUGACGAAGCUGAUUACUCAAAAAUGGACAUGGGAAAUAGACGGGGUCCAGUGAAACGUUGGGAUUUUGAAGAUCAUGAGGACUAUGAAAAGUAUAUGGAAUCGAAAGAAGCUAUGCCGAAAGCGGCAUACCAAUUCGGAGUGAAAACAAAUGAUGGGCGGAAAACAAGGAAGAGUGCUCCAGAUCGAGAAAAACAUAAAUUGGAUCGUGAAUUCUCUGAAAUAACUAAAAUACUUGAAAAGCGAAAAAUAGAAAGCCAUAGAUCCGAUAUCGCCAAGCGAAUUAAAUACUGA